ACUAUCAAUCUAGACGCUGAGGUGAAAACAACUCGAAAAUAAAAAGUAGCAGCAUCAACAACAUCAACUGAGCCAUGAAGUGCGCAUUGAUAUUCACUCUGCUGGCCGUUGCUGCAUCCACCAGCCUUGCUGCGCCGUUGGACCUGAAUGAUCUUUUCCUCGGUUUGCCCAGGAAUGCGCCAGCUAUAGCGGCACCCCAGCCUGAUCAGGAUGUGGUCAAGCGGCAGGUGCUUGCCAAUCCCGAUAAUCAGCUGAAGCAGGUCUCGUUCCAAGCACUGAUUGGCAAUCUAGAGAAUAGUUUGUUCGAGUCAGCAUUGAGUUUAAAUGGCGCCAGUGCUCCAGACUCUGUGGUGACUGAGGUAAAGCCAGAGCCGGCUAAGAAUAGCGAGCAUAUCAUUGCCAAGCGUUCGGGUGAGCCUGUGGCUUCCACUACGCCUGUUGCCCUCUCAGACGAACCGGAGGAGCGCAAGAUUCUGGUGCUGACCACCAAGAAGGUGCCACUGUCGGAGGAAGGUGGUCCCGCUCAUCUAAUCAUCGAUCACGUCUCGGUACAGCCGCACAACGGCGCCUCUGUGCCUGUGAUACCCAUAUUCCAGGUGCAUCACACGAAGAUUACCUCCGCCACUAUUAAGGAGGAUGCCAGCAAAGACAGCAGCGAUGGCAAACAGACCAAGAUUAGCAUUACCAAGACAUCGAUAACCUCAACGGCGCCCGUUGAGAGCCUCGAGACGCAGAGCAGCAUCACGAGCAGCAGCACGAGCAGCACAGAGCUGCCCCAUAGUGGCGAAAGCAGCAGCAGCACCACCAUCAAGAGCACAACCACCAACAGCUCCCCCAUUAGCACCACCAACAUCUCUGCCACUAGCACCAUACCCAGCACAACAGCCAGCACCACCACCAGCAGUGGCAGCAUCAUUAGUACUACAUCGGAGCAGCCAAUUAUCAAGCUGAAGCAGGAAGAGGAGCAGAAGCUCAAGGCAAAGGUGGCUGAAGUCGAGGCUGAGCCAAUUAUUUUGAGCGCCCGUGUUUAGACGGCAAAUUCUCUCUAGUAUUAGCCAUCUCAUGUACACUGAAAAAAACCAAACUCACCCAUAUAUACAUAUAUUUAUAUCACGCAAAGUUCAAUUAAAGUCAUGUGAUUUGAUCUGAAGUCCAAGUAGAA